AUGCGAGUGGCAGGGCGGGGCGGUGCAAAGGCCGCCGAGAGUUGCCGUCCUGGCGGCGACAGGACGAGGCGGCACGCAGGCGGCUUGGCGCAAGGCCCGACGGGAGUUGUAGUUCGGCACAGGGAGGCUGGCGCCGCCGCUGCGCGGGGACCGCACUCCAUUUCCCAGGAGGCAGCGCGGCGGGGCCGGGGCCCGGGCCUGGGCGCCUCUGGCUUUGGAGGGCGCCGCGGCAGCCGGGACGUGCUGCCCACGCCUGGCACCAUGGACACGCUGCCCAUCACGCCUGGGGAGCUGCUGUGCCUCGGCUCCAGCAUUGCCUUCUCCGGCCUCUUUUACUACCUGUACAGGAAGAAAGCCAGAGUCGCAGCACGCAUCCAGGAGGCCCCAAAGCUCCAGGUUGAUGAUGAUUUGCCAGCACUGGUGUCUGCAGCUGAUGGGAGGUGCCUGUCUUACGUCGCCCUGGAAGGCAUAGUGCUGCCAGCCAAGGCCGCGCUGUCCAGCCAUUAUCAGGAGGACAUGCAGGGUGUGAUCCAGAAACUGCUUCUAAAAGAGCAUCGGCUGAUCUGGAACAGCUUGGCCCGGAACUGGAGCGAGAGCGAGCGGGUGCUCUCAGAGCAGGUCUACACCGUCCCCUUCUUGCUGGCCUCACCAGAUGCCGAGGCGGUGACGCAGGUGAGCGUGGAGAGCCCACUCCGAGCCGUCCACCUGCCCCUGGAGAUGGUGUACGAGCGGUUCCAGCAGCCGGCCCAUGGUUUCCGCGACCUGCUGGGCCACUACCUGAGCGGGGAGAAACCCAAGGGCAUCCUAGAGACGGAGGAGAUGCUGCGAGUGGGGGCCGGGCUGACAGGCAUCGGGGAGCUGGCCCUGCACCCCGACGGUUCCCUGCACCUCCAGCCGCCCGACCGGGGGGGCGAGUAUUUCCUGUGCCUGGGGGACUGGCAGACGGUGCUGGCAGAGCUGGAGUCGGCCAGCAGGCUCUGGAAGGGGGCCGCCGUGCUGUGCACCGUGGCAGGCGUGGCGGUCCUCCUGCACGCCCUGUGCCGUGCCUACCGCCACAUCCGCCUCAAGCAGAAGCCCGAGGACAAGGAGCCGGACAGCGAGGAGGCCGGGGAUGUGGGGCUGGAGGACUCCUGCGUGGUCUGCCUGACGCGGCCCCGCGAGUGCGUCCUUCUGGGCUGCGGCCACAUCUGCUGCUGCUUCCGCUGCUUCCAGGCCUUGCCCACCCGCCUCUGCCCCAUCUGCCGGGGGCCCAUUGACCGUGUGGUGCCCCUGUACCAAGCCUGAGAGCGCCCGAGGGGGCACGGGCAGGGGCAGCAUGAACCGAGCCAAGCCUUAAGCCUGUAGAAAUGUCCGCUGUCCACUUGCAUGCAGGUGUGCAAUUCCUGUGGAGGAGGGAGGGGUCCUGAUUUGCCUCCCAUCCGUAUUUGGGUGGUCAAGGGCAUUCUCUAUAAAGCCAGAGUAGACUUAUAGGCCCCCCACGCUUCUGUUUGCAUUCUGUCUGCCAGAGGGAGCCCCCUUAAUGUUGCUGCCUGAGAGGAAACGUGCUCUCUGGUGCCUGACGUAAGGAGAAAGCUCCCUUGCACCACCCAGGGCAUUUACUUUGGCGGGUAGCUGUUUGAGCCUUGUUUUUGCAGCAUUGACCUAAGGCAGGGACCCCUCCUCCCAGGAGGCAUGUGGGUUUUUUUCCUUGUUUUGCUUUUCCAGCGUGUGGCUUUGUCCCCAGAAAGAGUGACUGGGGUGGAGGGGGUGAUACCAGGGCUGGAUGGACACAUCUGGGGAAGGUGGGAGGACACAGACCUGGCCAUGGUUCCAGUGCUUUUUCUACCUUUAAUUGGUGUGGCUAUAGGCACUAUACAGACUGUGCGGGGGCGUUCGGGGGACGAAGGUCCCAGUUUCGGGGAAGAGCUGAAUUUUGCCUUUGCCAGCUGCUGCUCUGUCCCCUGGUACCCUGGUAAGGCGGGGGGGAUGUGAGGCUGCUGUGGGGCUGCAGUGUCUCUCCAUCCCUCACUGCAGAGUCCGCGAUCUCUUCCUGGACCUAGAGGACAUAUAGGGCAGCACCAGAGCCUGCCCAGGCCUCCAGCCCUCGCUGAGCCCCUGCGUGUGCCAGCCUCUGAGCUCAGCUUUCCUGCCCCCGUGCUGGGCAGGAGUGCGUGUGAGAGUGACUUGCUGUUGUUCGUUGGUUGAUAAAGCCAAGGAGUGGA